AUGACAAACAAUACUAUUGGUACUUGUCCUCUAGGAGGUCUUGGGUGUUAUGAUAUCGAUCCAUGCUCGAGCAACGCUAACAAUUGCCCUCAACCUCAUCUAUAUCCUGCCGCAUUUAAGUCGGUAACUACUGCUUUGAGCAUCCCUGGCUCACAGAGUACCACGUUUCAGACGAGUGUCCUUCCAACGACAACCUUCCCACUCCCUAUAAUUUCUAUGACGACCCCGCCUGGAGCAUCUACCACUGCUCGAUUUCUAUCAUUGGCAUAUUCAAACUCUUCAAGGACUACACUUUGGAACAAUACGGGGUACUCGACCCAGUCAUCUUUGAACCAAUCAAAUUUUGGAGCUGAACCUACAGCGUCCUCAAUUCUCCAUUUUACCACUUCCAGUAUCCCAGUUUCCACCGGAAUUGCGCCACCAAGCUCAAUAUUGACCAAAUGCAGUAAUGCCGAUAAUGACAACACUUUCAUGGCAGCCAGUCCGAGUGUGGUGACUGUAACAUCGAUAUCGACAUUCACAGCUGUCAGAAUAUCGGUGUAUACAGAGGCUUAUAGCUCAUCGGAUACCCCUUCUCACUCUGAUUCACUAUCCUUAUUCACAACCACAUCAUCUCCAGUUACAAAGUCUCCUGACACAUCAUACCUGACGUCCCCUCUCUACGCAGCCAGCUCGACAUCUUUACCUCCUACUACUGGCACUGCGCUCCAUUCCAAUACUGCAACCGAUACUACAAUCGAUACGAAACUCAUCGCCUGGGGCGCUAGCGGCGGAGUCGCUUUUGUUUUGGUCUUCGCACUCAUAUCUUGGUUUCUACGUCGUCGUCGAAAGCGAGUCAACAAGAAAAUCAGCAAACCAAUCAUCACUUCCUUAUCCACUCGUCUACCAUGGAAAAAGACAUCGAAAGAAAUCCCCCGCAUUUCUCUCUCCGGCUAUCCUUUCAAAGGAAUGGCACCAUCUACAUCGAACACCAGUGAAGAAGGGGUAAACGAGACCUGGUCUGCCAGCUUGAGAGACUAUCGGAAUCUGGGCUAUAUGGAUGUAUCGAAAUUAAGUUUGAAUAAUAAUUCAGCGCCUAGUAAUCAAAAGCCAACGCACCUCUCUGGAUAUGAAUCGCAUUAUUCAAGACCAUUCCAUUCUCAGUCUUUACCUAAUGACGAAAAUUCAACAUCGCUCAGAGGGGGACUAGAUAGGAAUUCUUUCGCUCAGAGAAUGGUGCAGAGGGGAUGGGACGCAGUUGAUUUGCAAAGUGGUUAUGUCGCGCGAGAUAAUGGAAAAGAAUAG